AUGGAAAAUAGAAUUAAUAUUAAAAUAAAUGAAAUUAUUUCUUCUGGAAAAAUCUCUCACAAAAGAAAUGAGUUUUUAUCUAACGAGUCUCAAGUGAAAAAGCAGAAAUAUGAUUCGUCGAUAAAUCGAUCUGGCGACAUAUCACUAACCAAGAGGCAAAUCGAUGAGAGGAAGCAGCUAAAUGAUACAUACGAGGAAAUGCAGUCUAAAAAAAAACUUUUAGAAGAAGAAAGGGCUGAGUUAGAAGCUAUUUUAAAUGAAAAAAGAGUAUUUUGGGAUGAAAGAUCAAUUGGAAAUGAUUCUCUAAUUACAGAUUAUAGAAAUAUGACUAAAGAAUUAUCUAAACUGCCUCAAAUCCAAGCAACUCGAAUAUCUGUUCUUCAGAAUGAUUUUAAGAGUGAAAAACACGUAUUAUGCAAACAAUAUAAAGAUAAAACAGAAGCAUUAAGACUAAAAUAUGAACAUAUAUUAAAUAAAAUGGAUUAUGAAGGGAAAAUAAAACUGGAAAACCAACUUAACAUGUCUCAUAAUAAUAUAAAAAAUGUAGAAAAAGAAAUCAAAGCUAUUGCGCUAAAAUACAAAGAUGACUUGGAAACUAUUAACCUCCAGUUUAAUGCUUGGAAAAAUGAUUUUAACAACAAUUUUCACGAACUUCUCGAUGAUAAUAUUAAAAAGAAAGAUACAAUUGAAAAUUUACAGAAAGAUAUCUCCGAAAUUUGUAGAGCUAAGAUAAAUACUCGAGCAGUACAUCUGCAAGAGUCUCUUCAAAAUUUAGAACAGGUUACUUGCAAUUUAAAAGAAGCAACACUAAAAUACCCUAAUAUCCAAGACCAUAUUGAUAACCUACAAAAUAGCAUUAAAAAUGAAUCCAUUCUUAUUGACUCUUAUAAGGAUAAGAUAAUACGGCAACAGAAUCUAAUACCUCUACAUAAAGCGGAUGCAAUUGAACAAGAUACAGUAAGGUUAGUUCUUCAUAACCAAUUACAAGAUCUUCGAGGAAAUUUUCGUGUUUAUUGUAGAGUACGUCCCCCAUUAAAAGGGAUUGAACCAUUAGAUACUAGUCAUAUAUUAAUUAACGCGUUUAAUGCUGAGUUAGGAUCACAAUCUAUUGAAGUAGAAAAAAAUUGUAAUCUAACCCCAAUCAAAUAUUCAUUCGACAAGGUCUUUUCACAAACAGAUACAAACCAGGAGAUAUUUAAGGAAGUAUCCGAAUUAAUCCAAAGCUCUUUAGAUGGAUUUAAUGUUUGUAUAUUUGCAUAUGGUCAAACUGGUUCUGGUAAGACAUUUACUAUGUUAAAUCCAAAAGAUGGCAUUAUACCGUCUACUGCUAAACAUAUUUUUGACUGGAUUGAUAAUUCUGCUAAAAAUGGAUGGAAAUAUAACGUUACAUGCGAAUUUUUGGAAAUAUACAAUGAUGAAAUUUACGAUUUAUUAAGGUCUGAUGAUAAUAAAAGUAAUUCGUCCAAUGGGCCACGCCACAAGAUUCACCAUGAUGAUGCUUCAAAAACAACCGUAGUUGAAAAUUUGGAAACUAUUACACUGACCUCAAAAGAAUCAGUAGAUGCUGUGUUGAAGAAUGCCAUGAAAUUAAGAGCUACAGCAUCUACUUCAUCGAAUGAAAGAUCAUCCCGUUCACAUAGCAUAUUUAUUAUUAAAAUACAUGGAAUUAAUGAAGGGUUAGGUGAAGAAAGAAAUGGCCUGCUCAAUUUGAUUGAUCUAGCAGGUUCAGAAAGAUUAAGCGUUUCAAAAGUUCAAAGUGAAAGGAUUAAAGAAACACAGCAUAUAAAUAAAUCUUUAAGUUUCCUUGGAAACGUGAUGAAUUCUCUUGGGAGCCCAGAUGCUACUACAAGACAUAUUUCAUUUCGUGAUUCAAAACUAACUUAUCUAUUACAGUAUUCAUUGACAGGUAACUCUAAAACUCUCAUGGUAGUUAAUAUUUCAUCUUCAAGUGAUCAUAUCAAUGAAACAAUAAAGUCAUUAAAUUUUGCCAAAAAAGUUAACUCUACAAAAAUUAUUAAACGAAAAUCAUAA